CCCUCUUCCCCUCUCUUCACAGCAAUGCUAAAUGAUUACAACUCUGUGAAACUGAGAAUCAGUUGCUCAAGGCUUUCCCUGCAAUGGUACACCUGUGUUCAGAACAAGAUGAGAAGACCCAACUUGCUGUUAAAAGACAUCCUCAAAUGUAUGUUGCUUGUGUUUGGAGUGUGGAUCCUUUAUAUCCUCAAGUUAAAUUACACCUCUGAAGAAUGUGACAUGAAAAAAAAGCAUUAUGUGGACCCUGACCGCAUAAAGAGAGCUCAGAGAUGUGCUCAGCAAGUCCUGCAGAAGGAAUGUCAGCCUAGAUUUGUGAAGACAGCGAUGGCGCAGCUGUUUGAGCACAGAUAUAGCCUAGACUUGGCGCCCUUCGUGCAGAAGAUCCCUGGAGCCAAUGAGGCCAAGUACAAGUAUGAUCCUCCCUUUGGAUUCUACACUUUCUCCAAUAAAGUCCAGUCUCUCCUGGAAAUACUGCCAGAGCACGACUUCCCUGAACACUUGAAAGCCAAGCCCUGUCGGCGCUGCGUGGUGAUCGGGAGCGGGGGAGUUCUGUAUGGCCUAGAGCUGGGCCACGCCCUGAACCAGUUUGACAUUGUUAUAAGGUUAAAUAGUGCACCAGUCGAGGGCUAUUCCGAGCAUGUUGGAAAUAAAACUACCAUAAGGAUGACCUACCCAGAGGGUGCACCACUGUCUGAUGCUGAAUAUUAUGCCAACGACUUGUUUGUCACUGUUCUAUUUAAGAGUGUUGAUUUCAAAUGGCUUCAAGCAAUGAUAAAAAAUGAAACCUUGCCAUUUUGGAUCCGACUCUUCUUUUGGAAACAGGUGGCAGAAAAAAUCCCACUACCACCAAAACACUUCAGGAUUUUGAAUCCAAUUAUUAUCAAAGAGACUGCCUUUGACAUCCUUCAGUACUCAGAGCCUCGGUCAAGAUUCUGGGGCCGAGAUAAGAACGUCCCCACAAUGGGCAUUAUUGCCGUGGUUUUAGCCACACAUCUGUGUGAUGAGGUGAGCUUGGCAGGUUUUGGAUAUGACCUCAGUCAACCCAGAAUGCCUUUGCACUACUUUGACAAUCUGUGCAUGGCUGCCAUGAACUGGCAGACAAUGCACAACGUGACCACGGAGACCAAGUUCCUCCAGAAGCUGGUCGGUGAGGGCGUGGUGACAGAUCUCAGCGGGGGCAUCCAGCGUGAACUCUGAGCAGGGCGGACCGCUCGGAACUGUAGCAGGGACCGCCAGCUGUUCUGAAUCAUCUUCUGGAUGCAUUUCAUCCUGCAAAUACUUUGAAGUGCAGCUGGUGUUUUAAACUUUUAAUUUAAAGAAAACAAAGAGUUUAGCUCUUCCCACUUUUUUAUUUAUUUGGAGAGAGUGCUUGUUUUUUGCACAUUUUGUAAGUUACAUUGAAGAAUAGAGUUGGAAAGACUUUUCUAGGAGAAUUGUAUGGAGUGAUGUUUAUUUUAAGAAAUUUAUUUUAAGAUUUAAUUGGUGAGAACUCUGUCCAUGUAGUGCGUACAUCGAAUACCAGGUAAUGAAGUGGAAGGAGAAGGAAGCUUCCCUUUGAUGAUGGCCCUGAAUGCCUGAUUGGUCCUCGCCACUCCGGGAGCCCAAGGAGGCUUCCAAUUGCUAAACCACUGGCAGCUGUGGGAGGCCUGGAGCCAGUUGGACAAGUUCAAGGACCCCCUACCCCCACCCGUUAGUCUGUCCUCUGCCAAGGACUCCCAGAAUCCGAAUCCGGCAGGGGAGGUAUCCCCGAGUACUGUGAAGCUGCCCUAGGCUGCAGAAGCCAUGUCUUCCCAGCAAUUGUGAAGGCUCUUGAAUUUCUUGAGAAUUUUUUUAUCACCCUUCCAAAGCAUUUAAGUGUUAUCUAGAUGUGCCACUGUCUGAGGUGGCUGAAAAGAUGAGAACAAAACCUCUCUUUCCAGAGUCAAGAGGAAUAAACCCUUUCCAGGAAUAACCACAUUUUUUGAAAUACUGAAAUGCAAUCCUCCCAGUGUUAUAAAUUGCUUAUUUUUUAAAAAACCUAGAUUUUUAAAUGCCUACCUGGCAGUGUGUACCAAGCCAUGUGCUGGUGCAGGAAAAAAAAAAUAGAAAAAGAAUAAUAAAAGCUUUUGAGGAGCCCUGUAGUCUUAAUUUGAGUAUUUAUUUUAAGAAAAGAAGUUUCCAAGUCUACCUAAAACGUUGCCUUUGUAUGUUGCUGCUCAGUAGAGCCCUCCUGGCAAGAUUCUUGAAUCCAGACAGCUGCAGACCCAGGAACCAGCUUGGUCUCAGAUCAGGUCUGUGCUGCCCCACCCCCACCCCAGUCUCUCCAUCAUCUCUCUCUCUCCUGCAGCCCUGCUGCCCACGGUCUAGCAGCGCUGACCUGUGGCUGUGACCAGUCAUGGCACCCACUUAGUGGGCCUCCGUCUCCAGGCCUCUGGGCUCUGGCUCAGAGUGGCUCGUAGAGCCAAAUAGUAUUUCUAUGGUAUCUUUUCAUAAAAUUUUGCCUGGAUUUUGGGUUCUACUGUAAAAGAUGAUUUGUUUAAAAGAAAGUAUUCAAAAAGUCUCACUAGGUAUAUGGCUUCAUUUGGAAAAUUGAGAUUCAGGAAGAUGGUUCAGUUUCCCUGUAGCUCAGGUUGGGCUUGGAUGGCACCAUCUGGCCCUGGGCCCACCCCUCAGCCCUUAGGAUUAAUUGGGAAAGCCCACAUGUUUUAAUAAUAAUAACAUCGGUUGAAACUUUCUCAGAAAACUGUCUUUAUAUGGGACACCUCUUCACUGGUACCUGCGGACUCGGGUCCCUCCUGCCGGGCCAGGCUGCUGGGAAGCAUGAAGCUUAGGCCUGUACUUGGUCAGCUUCCAGCAAUGGCCAGGCCUACUCUCGUCCCAGCCCCUCCUCUGCAUGGCCCACUUUUGCAUCCUUAUGUUUUGUGCACACCUCUCAAAUGCUACCUCCUCACGGGCAGUAAGUACAUGCCCUAAAUAAGUAAAUAAGGAAUAAACUUUUAGACCUUGGAUGGAACCCACCAGUCUUACAAGGGUUGACCCAAGAUCAUCUUUCAGGGCUUCUAACACUUUAGCAUUUUUGUUGGAAAUACCUACUUUGUUCCCCCCCUGUUUUGGUGCUCUGACACCUGCUUUUCUGAAAACAGACCUUUUCUUGGCAUCUCAGAAUGUCCUAAGGUUGGGCUGCAGUAACAGGUUGCACUCUCAUCCUAACAGUGCAAAUGCAUGCCCCUCUUACACAGAUGGCAUUGAGUGGACUAGACAUCCUCUACAUUCUAGAGUUUUAGUUUGCUGGUUUUUCCUAUGGAGACGACCCUCUUGAGGAACCUAGGUGACCUUCGGAAAUGCUUCUGGGACUGGGAUGAAUGCUUCAUGGACAUGGGAUGUCCAUGUAUUUAGACAAAGUUGAACUAGGAUCUUACAAAACAAUUUCAGGUAGUCCAGAUCUUGCCUUACUUUUCUCAUGGAUCAUUUUGUGUCACAUGUCCCCAAGAGCAAGGCAUUGGAAAUGUCUGUUUCCACAGAUUGAAGGGCUUUUCUCAUUUGUUGGAUCUGUUAGUUAAAAUAAGCUUUCAAACCAGUUUUUAUGACUGAACUUUCCUUGUUGAAUGAUGGGCUGAGUGGCAAAGGUGGCCUUGAUUAUAACAGAAAAAAGCAAUGGUCAGACUAUAGUCUAGGAUGCUAAAGACUUCUAAGCCUAAGUAUCACUUUGAUUUGGCUCCCUUCUAACCCAGCACUCUGGUCCCAUGCUAGAUAUAUUAGCCACUUUUCAUUGCUGGGACAAGAUACCUGUUAUAUACCACUUAAAGGGGAAAAGAUUUAUUUUGGCUCAUGGUUUCAAAGAGUUUAGUUUGUGGUGAGCUGGCUCCAAGACAGAAAUGGGGUGGUAGAAUGCAGAGAAAAAUUGCUCAACCCAUAACAGCCAGGCAGCAGAACAUAAAACCCAGAGAGAGAUGUGCCCUCCGGAGGCAGACCCCAAGUGACCUAAGUCCUGGGCCCCACCUCCUAACAGCACAUUCAGCCAUGAGCUCAUCCAUGAAUUAAUCUACUGAUGAGCACAGUACCUCCAUGGCCCAAUCAACCUGAAAGCCCUACCUCUUCACACAGACUUGUUAGGGAACAUUUUAGACCUAAACCAUAAGAUUACAUAUAAAGGGGAUUAUAAAAUUUGGCUUUAACUUUCUCAAGAAACUUUUAGACCAGCAUUGUAGGAAGAUUAAAGAAUGCAAUGAAUAUUGUCCUUGUCAGGUGUAGACCAUCCAAGUGUAAGUUACAUUUCCAUCCGUUCUUUGUAACACAUCAGUGAGUCCAGCUGAGAAAGAAUUUAACUGAAUUCGUCUUGGAAAGAAGUAAGCUUUUAAUAUACACUUGUGCAUAGAAAACAACUGUGGGCCCUUGAGCCUUCUCUUCAUACAAACAUUGUAACAAAACACUUCCUCAAUCAAAGGACCCUGUGUUGUGACUCAUGGGACAAGGACCUUCUUCCAGAGCACUGACACUCUGCAGAGGGCUACCCUGAUGAACACACACUCAGCUCUCAGAUGAGAGGACAGCAGAUGCCACACACAAACAUGCCACUUCCCACCUUUGCCUCUCGAGGGCAGAACCCCCUGGCCCAACCUCCUGAUUAUUCUCUCCUUUCUCACGUUCCUACGUCAUUUUGCACAGCAUGGAUUUGCAUUUAUGAAGCAAGUUAUUUA